AAAAAAAAAAAAUAAAUAUGCUUAAAUUGAAGUGAAAAAAAAAACAAAAAAAAAAAAAAAAGAAUUCAAUUGUGAAAUCUAACUCAAGCCCCAAACCUAAAUUAUACCUUGGGCUAUGGCCACCCUGCCUUGAAAUGGGAAAUUAGACAGUUUCACAAGGAUGCACAGCUGUGUUGCCUGAGCCAUUUGUUCCAGGGAAACUGGAACAGGCGGUGAACCUUUGGCAACCAAGGAGAGUGUUGCCAGCCAGCCUGCAACCUGCCUGACUGGAGCUGGUCCAGCAUACCAAGCAGCCAGGGCUCAGGAGAGGGCGGGUGCCAGAGAGCGAACACCUCCUUGACGUCAGCCCCUCCCCAGUCGCCCCGCCCUGCCUGCCACUCCUCCCAGACACCUUGCCACCAUCCUUGCUACAUCUCUGCUACGUCCCUGCCAACCUCCUCUCUCCUUGGCAAACUUGCGAGGAGGGGCGGGCGGGUGCUGAGAGAUGACACUGCAGACAAUCGGCAAGCCCAAGAGGAUGACAGGUCGAAGGCCCCAAUGUCCUUUUUAGGCUUCCUCCUGACCUUGGCACUGACUGAAGCACUGGUAUUUGCCGCACAGGAACCAUCUUCCAGGGACUCUGUUCAAGUCCUCCCCUCAAGCACCACCCCAGGCACCAUGGUAACAGCACCCCUCAGCUCUACUAGACAAUCCUCCAUGGUGGCUGCUCCCACCUCCGUGGUGACACUGACCCCCCAUCCCCAUGGACCCUCCUCACAGACCGCAGCUCCCAAGGCAAUGACAACGCUUCAUCCAGACGGACGCCCUCCUACAAAUACCAUCUCUACCAUCAUGGCAGCAGUAACCACCCCCCAUUCAGAAAGCCCACUGUCCACAGGGCCACUUCCUGCUGCCAUGGCAACCACAUCUUCCCACCUAGAGGGCCACCCCCCAGGUGAGACUCUGCCCACCAUCCAGCUGACAAAGCCAAUGGAAGCCACCAGCCGUCCCCCUACAAACCCCUCCCGGGCUACCACUCGCAGGCCCCCCAGACCCCCAGGCUCUUCCCGAAAAGGAGCUGGCAGUUCACCACGCUUUGUCCCACCUGCACCCAGCGGUCACCCCUGGAGGAAGGAAGGCCAUCGAGGACGAAAUCAGAGCUCCACACAACCGGGGCAGAAGCGGCCCCUGGGGAAAAUCUUUCAGAUUUACAAAGGCAACUUUACAGGGUCUGUGGAGCCUGACCCCUCUACCCUCACAACCAGGAACCCCCUCUGGGGUUACUCCUCCUCACCACAGCCCCAAACAGUGGCCGCAACCUUGGCGCCAAGCAGGACCUCGUGGGUACCGCCCACCACCCCCCUGGUACAGGAGGACCAGUCCGGCCUUAGCAGAGCAGAUGAGGGGGGUGGUCCCACCUUCACCAGCCAGGGAGGGGAGCUGGACGCCAAGGCAGCCUCAGGCACCCCUGCCAGUCCACACCCUGCCCCAGUGCCUUCUCCACACCCCCGUGGUGACCCACAGGAUGGCCCCAGCCACAGUGACUCCUGGCUUACUGUCACCCCCGGCACCAGCAGACCUCCUUCUGCCAGCUCUGGGGUCUUCACAGCCACCACGGGGACCAUCCAGGCUGCCUUCAAUGCCAGUGUCUCAGCCCCUUCUGAGGGGCUUCCUCAGGGAACAUCCUUGGCCCCACAGGCCCCAGCCCGCCCCCCUGGGGCUUCAGAAAGCACUGUUUCCCGAGCCGAGGAGGAGGCUGCGGCCACCCCCACCUCCACCGUGACCAGCAGGGUGCCCAGUCCUCUCUCCACAGUGGUGUCCACAGCCACAGGAAACUUCCUCAACCGUCUGGUCCCCGCCGGGACCUGGAAGCCUGGAACAGCAGGGAACAUCUCCCAUGUGGCCGAAGGGGACAAACCCCAGCACAGAGCCACCAUCUGCCUGAGCAAGAUGGACAUCGCCUGGGUGAUCCUGGCCAUCAGCGUGCCCAUCUCCUCCUGCUCUGUCUUGCUGACUGUGUGCUGUCUGCGGAGAAAGAAGAAGCCAGCCAACCCAGAGAAUAGCCUGAGCUACUGGAACAACGCCAUCACCAUGGACUACUUCAGCAAGCACGCUGUGGAGCUGCCCAGGGAGAUCCAGUCCCUGGAAACCUCUGAGGACCAACUCUCGGAGCCCCGCUCCCCAGCCAAUGGUGACUACAGAGACACUGGGAUGGUCCUCGUUAACCCCUUCUGCCAGGAGACACUGUUUGUGGGAAACGACCAAGUGUCCGAGAUCUAACCACAGCAGCCCUCGCUUUGCUGGUCCCGACUUUUCGUCUCUAAAUUAUCAAUAUACAAAUAUAUGUUAUAAAUAUAAUCUUUGUGUAACACUGACUUAAUGAAAAACAUUUUCAGCUUUUUUUCCCCUAAGAAUUGUCAACAUCUUUUUUAUAAGUGUGGUUUAAAACAAAAAACAAAAAACUACUUUACAGAACGAUCCGUGGCUUUAUAAAAUAAAGGUAUUUCUAAACAAAGCAGUUGCAUUGAUUGCUUCUCUUAAUAACUGUCCUCAAGCAUGUGGGGGUCCCAGCAGCCCCAGGCAGGUGAGGGAAGAGACUGGCCUGUACAAGUGGAUAUGAAACAGCUAAGUGCAUGGCCUCUGGUUCCUUAGAGUUCUGAUUCCUCUUGAGUCAAUAUGAUGAACCCCAUUUCCACCCCUGAGGCUGCAUACCAAUGACAGGAGCUGGGCUGCCUGGAGGGACCGGCGGACUCGUGCACAAAGCAGGAAGGGGGAGCACCUUGUCACCCCAGGAGGAGCGCCCUGAACCUUGCAAGGGCAUUAGCACCAAGGCUGGAGGAUAGCAGCAUCCAGGCCACAUCCCCCUAACAUCCCACGACAGGGAGCCUCCAACUGUGCUGACUACAUGACUGCUUUCCCUCCUGGCCCAGCCCUGCAUCCUCCCCACUGUUCACAUCUGCAUUAGACACUCGUGCCUUUCUCUGGAGAGGGUUUGGAUGCAGACCUCAGCCCUGGAGCUUCGGAGUGCUUGCCCUUCUUCAAGGAUCCAGUGUUUACUGGGGUUCACCUUCGUUUUCUCAAAAGGCCAUCCCAUCAUGUCCCUGAGGAAUGCAUUUGUAGAAGAAGCCUUGGGGUGUGGAGCUGUGAUUUUCUAAACCUCUCUCCCAAGAUCUUAAAAAGACAAGGCUGCCGAAGUGGGUCACUCAGGAGAAGACAUCACUGUACCUGUGCUCGGCAUUGCAGACUUGCCUGGGGCUCACAGUCUCCCCUCACUGCUCUCUCCAUCACUGGUCACCUGCUGCCCCCAAGCCCACGGCCAGCGGGUCAGACCCUCAGAGACACAAGAGGGCCUUGCGGAGAGGGCUGCUUCUCCAUUUUUCCCCAAUACAACGUGGCUGGAAGAGAAGAUAACUGCUUUGACACUCCCUUUCUCUAAAGGAAAUAUAGUUUGAUAGUAUAUUUUGAAUAUAGAUGUUCUUAUAGUCAGACUGGGACCCAAACUUGAGUGUUGAUUCAUAUGUUCGUGCUAUCGCUGUGGUCUUCUUAUCAUAACUUUUUCCUUUCUUCCUACAUGUUCCUUUAAAAAAAAAAAAAAAAGAUGGCCUUUGAAAGUGUGUGUCCUCAGUGUCCUAUGAACCUACUUAAACUGAGUUUGGUGAUUGUCUCUCUUCAAAGACUUCAACCUACAAAGAAGCAGGUUACACAUUGCUCUGAGAUUCAUUUCCCAGCAUCCUGCUGUCUGGUCUCUCAACCUUAUCAUAAUAUUUCUGUCUGUGAUGGCUUUUAAUAUAUCAAUGUGUGUGUAUAUAUAGAGAAAGAAAUCUGUAAAGUAAAAUUUAUAUAUAAUAUAUGUAAUCAGAGAUACAUAUGUUAUAUAUAUAUAUAUAUAUAUAUGUGGGAUGUAUGACUUAUUUUUCCUUAUCCACAGAAUUCAGCUACCAUGUAUAUAUAAAUAAACUUAUUUUAUUAGCCAGAGGA